CAAGCCCACCAACGGUGUCUUGCCUGCCUCUUUCUUCCAUCUAUUCGCUCACCUUCCUUUCUUUCAACCGGCCUUUUCCCACGUCUUUCUUUCCUCCGUCCAUCAACACCUCCAGGUUCUCUGUUUCCCCCCUCGGCCAUAGAACCUGCCGUUCGACGACCAAAGAGAUUCGAGUCCCGCCAACCCGUCCGUCGCCAUCGUCGUCGUCGUUCGAUUUGCGCCUGACAACUCAUCAAAUCGCCGUCCAUGUCUUUCGCUUCGCUCGCCUAGUCGCCCUCCUUCUACCACCACAAAUGCCGAGCUAGUCUCCCAGUCCACUCGUUACCCAACUACUCUCACUCUUCACUCGCCAUCAACCCGGCCGCCUACAGGGUCCUCUCCCCCGAAUUCCUUCGCCCGUCACAUUCCAGUCGAGACCACGCCAGUACACCGGCCUCUCCGCGCAUUCCUCGACGUGUGGUUCUGACAAUACUGCGAUUGUCCUAUUGAGCCGACAUUUCGUCUUCUUCAUUCAUUAUAUUUACUGACAUUCCCUCUUCGACGCCGCUUCCGUGGCACCGACCAUUGGUCCUCUCGAUUCCUGCAUCUAACCACCCCGCGAACUGAUCGACACAUUUACACUCGAAGGUCUCGCAACCAAGAUCGGCAUCGCUAGAUCAGCGUUAUCAACUAGUUUCUUCCAUUCACCUACAGCCAGAUCGUCAUCCGUCAUGGCUCACUUUGACCCCAACUUCCACCUUCGCUCGCUUGAGGAGCUGCACGCUGUCAUCCUUCCCCGACAGAACGGCUGCCUCAAGUGCGAGGACAAGGCGCCGACAUGCCCCAGCAACUGCAAAUCCGACGAAUUUUGCUCUUUCACCAUUCCGACCUGUAACACCUGUGCCCAGGCUAUCUGUGUCAAGGACGACAGCAGUUCAUCUGCAUCAUCAAGCAGUAAGCCGAACACGGGCGCCAUCGUCGGAGGCGUUAUUGGUGGUCUAAUUGUCAUCGCCAUCGCCACCUACCUCGUGUGGAGGUUCUUCAUCAAGACCAAGAGACAGUCCAUCAUCCAGGAAUCCUACAUUGAAGAGUCCAACGAGAAGACCAUCAAUGAGAAGUCCACCGGCGAGCCACGACAGACCAACCGCGAUUCGACACACACGGUACACUCGAUCGCCUCGACGGUGCUUACCCGUGCCUCCAACAUCAUUCAGAUUGCCUACAUCCCCGGCGUUACGAACCGUGCCACGCCUACGUCUCCGACGCUCCUCGUCCCUCCCGUGCCCCCUAUCCCGAUGCACGCCUCCAACUCCGCUGCCAGCAGCCCCUCGCCGUACGAGGAGCCGCACUUCUUCGUCCCCGGCGAGCUUCGCGACUCCACCUACUCGGGCAUCUCCGGCUACUCCGACCGCACAUCUGUCGCAAGAACCUCGUAUGCCCCUCGCUCUAGCAUCGCACCCAGCAUCGCGUCUACCAUCUACGGCAAGAACGCCGUUGUUGUUGCUCCUGCCCAGACUGGUAUGCGUGCCAAGGCUGCCGUAGUAAGUGUCAAGUCCAUGGGCGUCGGCACGACCGGCAGCAACACCCCUCCCGUUCCCAGCGUCGACUACGAGAAGUACGCCGCCCCUAGCCGUCCCAAGAGCCGCGACAGCACGUUCAGCGUUGGAUCAACCUUUCUCAACAACGCCAACACGGCGACCGCCGCCCCCGUUCAGAGAGUGCAGGUUGUCCGCGUUGGCAGUGGCAAUGGACCGAAGCAAGUCAGCGUUGGAUCCUCCAAGGCGUCAUCAACAACAGACGAAGCCUCAGUGCCCGGCACUCCCCCACCGCCUAGCAGCUCUACCGCCACUCGUGACUCGGCCGCCGUUACCGUCAUCGACGAAAGCCCCGCGGUAGACCAAGGCCCCUUCUCUGAUCCUCCUGAGCCCAAGCCCGCCGCUAUCCGCAGCACCCACAGCUUGAGCGCGGUGAUUGAAGAGGCCACAAGACGAGCCGCUGCAGGGCCCGACAGGCGUUCUCAAAGGACAAGCUCAUACGAGCGGGGACGCAGUCCUUUUGGCGACGAACACGCCACGAAAGACUAAACAUACUGAAGAAGCCUACAACAACAAAACAUAACCCCUACCAAAACACUAUAUGAUGGGCGUAGGCCCUGAUGACGAUUUACUCACUACCAUUUACUAGCCUAUAUAUCAGGGAUGACCUCCCAUGUUUCUUUCUCGUAUCUAUUUUUUUCUGCUAGACGACCCGGUUGGAAUAGGCCUACGGGGCCAGACCGAGGGACGCCUUUGGAUGGACAGGACUCUUUAUGGACAGGCAUUGGCGUCGUGGAUAUUCUACUGUUUACUUUGCUUGAAGGAUUAUGGAAUGAUGCGUAGAGGUGUACGUCAGCCAUUCACGCCUUUACCGAUGUGUCUAUUGAACAGAGAUGUGAUUCUCCAUCCACAC